AUGGAUGAUCUUUUUGAUGUUUUUGAUGAACAACCUUCUAAUGUUCCACAGAUAGUGGAAAAGAAGGAAGUUCCAGAUAAAGGGACUGGGAUUACCAAGGAAACAUCGGAGAAUGGUGACGGUGAUAAAGAAAAUAAGAAAAGACACAGAGAUGAGAAACCUCAUCAAGACAAAACGAAGAAACAAGAUACAAAAAAACUUGAAAUCAAACCUGUUGUUUCAGAUGCUUUAGAGAUAGAAGCUUCUAGAGAAGUUGCUGCAUCUGAUGGUUUACUUGCAUCUACAGAUAAGGCUGAAGGACAAUUGAAGUUGAAACAUCAAGUUAGACAUCAAGUUGCAAUUCCUCCUCAAUAUCCAUAUAUCCCAAUCAGUGAACAUAAAAGACAGAACGAUGCUAGAACAUAUCCUUUCACAUUGGAUCCUUUCCAAGAUACUUCCAUUUCAUGUAUCGAUAGAAAUGAAUCAGUAUUAGUAUCUGCUCAUACUUCAGCUGGUAAAACCGUAGUAGCAGAAUAUGCUAUUGCUCAAUCUUUAAGAGACAAACAAAGAGUUAUCUAUACUUCACCAAUUAAAGCUUUAAGUAAUCAAAAGUAUCGUGAGUUGUCAGCAGAAUUCGGUGAUGUAGGUUUAAUGACUGGUGAUGUAACUAUAAAUCCAGAUGCUGGUUGUAUUGUUAUGACCACAGAAAUUUUAAGAAGCAUGUUAUACAGAGGUUCAGAAAUGAUGAGAGAAGUUGCUUGGGUGAUUUUUGAUGAAGUUCAUUAUAUGAGAGAUAAAUCUAGAGGGGUGGUUUGGGAAGAAACUAUCAUUUUAUUACCUGAUAAGGUCCAUUACGUUUUCCUUUCUGCUACUAUUCCAAAUGCUAUGGAAUUUGCUGAAUGGAUUGUUAAGAUCCAUGCCCAACCUUGUCAUGUGGUUUAUACUGAUUUCCGUCCAACUCCUUUACAACAUUAUCUUUUCCCAGCUGCUGGUGAUGGUAUUCAUUUAGUUGUUGAUGAAAAGGGAACUUUCAGAGAAGAAAAUUUUCAAAAAGCCAUGGCUCAGAUUAGUGACAAUAUGGGUGAUGAUCCAAAUUCAACUGAGAAAUCAAGAGGUAAAAAAGGACAAACUUAUAAAGGUGGUAACAGUGAUGGUAAAUCUGAUAUCUAUAAAAUUGUUAAGAUGAUUUAUAUGAAAAGAUAUAAUCCAGUUAUUGUUUUCUCUUUCUCCAAAAGAGAUUGUGAAUCUUUAGCUUUGAAAAUGUCAAAAUUAGAUUUCAAUUCUGAUGAAGAAAGGGAGGCUUUAACAACAAUUUUCAACAAUGCUAUUUCCAUUUUACCAGAAACUGAUAGAGAAUUACCUCAAAUCAAAAACAUUCUUCCUUUGUUAAGAAGAGGUAUCGGUAUCCAUCAUUCAGGUUUAUUACCAAUUUUAAAAGAAAUUAUCGAAAUUUUAUUCCAAGAAGGUUUAUUGAAAGUUUUAUUUGCAACCGAAACAUUCUCUAUUGGUCUUAAUAUGCCUGCUAAAACUGUUGUUUUCACCUCCGUUAGAAAAUGGGAUGGUGUUGGUUUUAGAUGGGUGAGUGGAGGUGAAUAUAUUCAAAUGUCUGGUAGAGCCGGUCGUAGAGGUUUGGAUGAUCGUGGUAUUGUUAUUAUGAUGAUUGAUGAGAAGAUGGAACCUCAAGUUGCUAAAGGAAUGGUUAAAGGUCAAGCUGAUAGAUUGGAUUCCGCUUUCCAUUUAGGUUAUAAUAUGAUUUUAAAUUUAAUGAGAGUGGAAGGUAUUUCUCCUGAAUUCAUGUUGGAAAGUUCAUUCUUUCAAUUUCAAAAUGCUUCUUCUGUUCCUAAAAUGGAAAGUCAAUUAAUUGAAUUAUCUAAUCAAUUAUCUACAAUUAUCAUAGAUGAUGAAAACAUCGUUAAAGAGUAUUAUAAUUUCAAACAACAAUUGAUUGGAUAUCAAGAAGAUUGCAGAAAAGUCAUCACUCAUCCUGGUCAUAUCUUACCAUUCUUACAACCUGGUAGAGUCAUUAAGGUAAAAGUUGGUGACAUGGAUUAUGGUUGGGGUAUGGUUGCAUCAUUCAAUAAAAGAAUCAACAAAAAACAUUCAUCACAUUCAUUUAGUGACCAUGACUCUUACAUUGUUCAAGUUUUCAUUUAUUCAAUGUUCAUAGAUGCACCUGUCAAUUUAAUCAAACCAUUCAAUCCUGAAUUACCUGAAGGAAUUAGACCUUCUGCUUCAGGAGAAAAAUCAAGAGCUGAAUACAUUCCUAUCACUUUAUCGUCAAUUGAAAAGAUUAGCAGUGUGAGAUUAAAGAUGCCUGAAGAUUUCAAAUCUUCUAGUGCAAAGAGAAAUUUACUCAAAACAUUGAAAGAUUUACCAAAGAAAUUACCUGAUGGAAUUCCUUUAAUGGACCCUGUUAAAAGUAUGAAGAUAGAAGAUCAAAAUUUCAAAGGAAUUUUAAGAAAAAUUGAUGUUUUGGAAUCUAAAAUUUUAAGUAACCCAUUGACUGGUUCAGUAAGAUUGAAUGAUUUAUAUGAGAAAUAUGAUAAUAAAGUCAAAAUUGAAAAAGAGAUCAAGUCUUUAAAAGAAAAAGUUCUCGAAACUCAAGCAGUGAUCCAAUUAGAUGAUUUGAAACAUAGAAGAAGAGUCUUAAGAAGAUUAGGAUUUACUACACAAAAUGAUAUUAUCGAAUUGAAAGGAAGAGUCGCUUGUGAAAUUAGUACAGGUGAUGAAUUACUUUUAACUGAAUUAAUUUUCAAUGGUACUUUCAAUGAUUUGACUCCAGAACAAUGUGCUGCAUUAUUGUCAUGUUUUGUCUUCCAAGAAAAAGCUAAAGAGACCCCUAGGUUGAAACCUGAAUUAGCUGAACCUUUGAAACAAGUUCAAGAUAUGGCCAGUAAAAUUGCUAAGAUUUCAAGAGAAUGUAAGAUUGAAUUGAUCGAAAAAGAUUAUGUUGAAAGUUUCAGACCUGAAUUAAUGGAAGUUACAUAUGCUUGGUGUAAGAAUGCUACUUUCACCCAAAUUUGUAAGAUGACCGAUGUUUAUGAAGGUUCAAUUAUUAGAAGUUUCAAAAGAUUGGAAGAAAUGAUAAGACAAUUGGUUCAAGCCGCUAAAACUAUUGGAAAUUCAGAAUUAGGAGAAAAAAUGGAAAAGGCUUUGGAUUUGGUCCAUAGAGAUAUUGUUUCUGCGGGUUCAUUGUAUCUUUAG